AUGGUGCAGAUUGCAUACCGUUUUGCCGACGGAUUGCUCUGGGUGCGGCUUUCCAAGUUUCACUCCACAACCGUCCCCCCCCGUUGGCGACUUUCACAACUGCUACAUGAGACGAGAUUGCGGUGUAUUUGCCGCAUCACAUCCUCAGUCAUCGACUUGAUCCGUUCAAGGCGCUUCCUCCACUCUGCGCAUUUCCAUCGACGACGACUGCUCGACGAGAGAGAGAUUGCAUUCCUCCGCCAACCUGGGCUGCGCGGUCGACCUGGGAUGGCGCCGAACCCGGCCGCCGUAGGGGGCCUCUUGCGGCAGGUCAUCCAUUACCACCUGGACAAUGCCUCGUACGAUGACGCCCUAUUCUUUGCCGAACGUUUCGCUGCUCAAGAUGUCAAGGCUCCCGACGCUGCCCAUCUCCAUGCGCUUUGUUACCUCCGCCUCGGCGACUAUCGCUCUGCGUACGAUGUCGGAAAGCCAAUGGGAUAUCGCGGCGUAAACCUAGGUUGCUCGUGGGUUUUCGCCCAGGCAUGCCUGGAACUGGAGCGGUACAAGGAUGGCAUUCUGGCACUGGAAAAGUCCAGAGGGCUGUGGUCGCCAAAGUGCAGCGUGGGCAAGCACACGCCUACAAGUCGCGCCGCGCAUCCCGACAGCCCUGCUGUGCUCUGCUUGCUAGGAAAACUACACCGCGGCUUUGGCGACAAGAAGAAGGCCAUAAGCUGCUUCGAAGAUGCCUUGAAAAGGAACCCCUUCAUGUGGGGUGCUUUCACGGCACUCUGCGACAUGGGCAUCAAUGUACGCGUCCCUAACAUUUUCAGAUCCAACGACGGAUUGUCGCACAGUUUCGAUUUGGGUUCUAGUCCCAGUCCCGGAACGGUGACGACGACGGAACUCACGAGAGAGGCGUCUUUGUUUGCUCCCCCGGAUGCCACGAGUUCAAAGCGAUCGACGACACGAAGUGCCCCGGUAGAGUUGGGGUCAGACCCCUUCAACGUGGGCUUCAUGUCUGCUGAAGUGAGCAGUCCAGUGGUCGACAUGUUUACCGAGCCAGCCGACAAUGACUUCAUGGCCAAGAUUCAAAAUGCCCGUCAAAGAAUGGCCGCGUCUGCAAACAGUCAGCCCUACGCUACUGUCAUCGAGGGGUUGGAGACCCCCACGGGACUGUCCACAACGGCGGCCGAUGCGUCUUCCCGCCAGACGUGUGGGCGUGACCCGCCUCAAGCACCAUAUAGGAGAACUAGGAAUGCCCAUGGUGUUGACGCCGGACCCGAUGCGCCCCCACGCAUGAAUCCCAGGCUAGGGACAAAACGGAGCGGUAGAAUCGGCCAAGAUCAGCAAAACACGGAUCCUGUAUCCGAGCCGCCAAUGACGACGACAAAUGCUGCCGUUUCCGGCAUGGCAGGCAGCACGAGGGCCGGCAACAUGGUCGCCAUGGAGAGGAAGCGUACAUUGUCGGGCCAUCCAGUUCCGCGAUCGACAAACACGGACGAACAUUCGACAAGGCGGAGUGCCAGGCUCAACAUGUUCAAGCCCUCUGCAAAGGCGAACUCUGGGCCGGCAGCAGUGGGCACGUCGGCUGGGCGUGAGUUGAAAAAGGCUAGGCCCCCCGUCUCUCGCAUCAUCCGGCCAGGUUCCAGCGGUUCCAGCGUGGGCAGAGUCGUCAGCGGCAAUAGAAAGCCCGUGGAUGAUCACACCGACAUGGACCACGGGGAGUCGUCGAGGACACGAGAACCGCCAGCCCCGCAGCCGCCGCAGCCAAAGGCGGCGGGAAUGGAUACGGUGAGGGUCGAGGAGGCCCUCAAAUGGAUGCUGGAUCUUAUGAAGAAGUUUGGCAGCGGAUACUACUCUCUGUCCAAGUUUCAGUGUCAGGAUGCUCUGCAGGCAUUCGGCUCCCUCCCGGCAGCGCAGCAGGGAACCCCUUGGGUGCUGUCCCAGAUGGGGCGAUGCCACUACGAACAAGCAGCUUACGCAGAAGCCGAGAAGCUGUUCCGCAGAAUGCGCGUGCAGGCGCCGUCGCGCCUUCAGGACAUGGAGGUGUACUCAACCAUCCUCUGGCACCUGAAGCGCGAAGCAGACCUCUCGUUCCUGGCGCACGAGCUCGUCGACUCUGCGUGGCAUUCUCCCCAAGCAUGGUGCGCGCUGGGCAACGCCUGGUCAUUGGCACGGGAUGCUGAGCAGGCGCUCCGCUGCUUCAAGAGAGCCACUCAGCUCGACCCCAAGUUUGCCUACGCCUUCACCCUCCAGGGCCACGAGCACGUUGCCAACGAGGAGUACGAAAAGGCGCUCACGGCGUACAGGCAGGCCAUUGCCGCCGACCGAAGACACUACAACGCCUACUACGGCAUCGGAAGAGUCCAGGAGCGACUCGGCGCCUACGACAAGGCUUACGACCACUAUUACGCGGCACAGACCAUCAACCCCAACAACGCCGUGCUCAUCUGCUGCAUGGGCGGCGUUCUGGAAAAGCAGAAACAGAUGGUGCCGGCCCUGCAUGCCUACACCAAGGCGGCAGAGCUCGCUCCGAAAGCGGCGCAAACUCGGUACAAGAAGGCCCGAGCGCUGCUAACCGUGGGCCAGAUCGAAGCGGCGCAGAAGGAGCUGAUGAUUCUGAAAGAUCUGGCUCCCGACGAGGCCACAGUCCAUUUCUUGCUGGGCACGCUGUACAGGAACACAAACGAGAGACAGUUGGCAGUCCGGCACUUUACCAUUGCACUGGCGCUAGACCCCAAGGCUGGGCCGAAAAUCAAAGAAGCGAUUGAAAGUUUCGAGGAUGAUGUGCAGAUGGACGACUCAAUAACGGCUUAA